UUGAUUUCGUUUUGCAGUGGCCUUUUGGUAGUUUGUCUGAUUUGUAAUUAUUAAUUUUUCGCUCUUGAAGGAAUUUGCUUUUUUCUAACGUUAUAGUAAAAACAUUUGCUGAGACAUCGUGUUGUGUUUUCUUCGAAUUGGCCCUUGCCUGUUCAGCUAUUACAGUGUUCAUUUAGUGUAUUAAGUGAACUGUAAAACGCACAAAUCAGCUGAUUUUUGCACAAUAACGCCAAAGCAAUGAAAGCAACCUAGUUGAAAACAGUUGCCGUCAAUAAAAUAAUAAAAUUUUUUAGGCGAAGUUAAGCCUUUUUGAACAUUGUCUAAACUUUGGUAAUUUCUUGGGGCAAUUACCAAAAUUAACGAAAAAAACCCCGCUGUCUCAGCCAAUCAGCUUUAGUAAUUUUGCCCUCUAUGUUAUGAAGGUCAGAAUUUGCAUCCUCGAGUACUUUUCCAAUUUAAAGGGGGUAAUUUGCUAACCAAAAUUUACGUUUAAGGGCAAAAGACCAUUGUACUUUUUUACAUGGUUCAUUGCGCGCAUCUAUUCGCCUGACAACGUAACUGUGGUAUAAAACCGUAACUUAUUGGCCAGUGACAGCAAGGAUCCAAUAGUUGUUAAUUAACUCUUGAUAUGCUGUUUUUUUGUCUUAAACGUAGUUACUGUGUUGGGAUGUGUGGAGAUGGAGCUAAUGAUUGUGGGGCUCUUAAGGUGGCACAUGCAGGAAUUUCAUUGUCACAAGCAGAAGCAUCUGUGGCAUCUCCAUUUACUUCAAAGAUUCCACAUAUUGAAUGUGUACCUGCUGUAAUAAGGGAAGGCAGAGCAGCUCUGGUAACAUCAUUUGGAAUUUUUAAGUACAUGGCUCUUUACAGUAUUGUGCAGUUUGUCUCUGUUCUCUUACUUUAUUCGAUUUCUUCUAACCUUGGUGACUGGCAGUAUUUGUACAUUGAUCUAGUCAUUAUUACAAGCCUGGCUCUUGUCAUGGGUAAGACAGAGGCGUAUCCAAUGUUGGUGGCUAAGAGACCUGGAGGAAGUCUUAUGUCUCCAAUCGUUCUUUUUUCACUGAUAUCCCAUAUUGCUGUACAAACUGUCGUGCAGGUUGCUGGAUUUUAUUACGUACGGUCCCAGUCAUGGUUUAGCGCCGUCCACGUUACUGAAAAGAAUGCUACAUAUGUGAAAUGUCAUCAGAAUGCUGUUCUGUUUGCACUGUCUUCUUUCCAAUAUAUACACUUGGCAGUAGUCUUCUCUGGUGGAGCCCCUUAUCGUAAACCAUUUUAUAAAAGUGGAUAUUUUCUAUUGGUCGUGGUAUUUCUAACCCUGUUUACAGGAUUUUUAGUUGUUCUUCCAGGAGAAACGUUGCAGCUUUUUUUUGAGCUAGCAACGAUCCCAGAUAAAAUCUUCAAGUGGACGCUUCUUGGUAUUGCGGCAUGCAAUUGUCUCAUUUCUCUUUUCAUUGAGAUGUUCAUUGUUCCAUCACAAUGGCUGAAGAAAGUACUCAAUCGUCUUUUUUGCAAAACUCGCCCAAAAAACUACUUCCGAAUUUUGCAGCAUCAACUUGAGCAUGAUUUUGACUGGCCUCCUUCUGAAAGCUAAUUCUAAGUUAGUUAGACCUUCAUUUGUAUCUUCAAAUUGAAACUUAGCUGGAAGUUCCUUGUGAUGUAGUUACUAAUUCCUGUUGGUUACAUUUCUCUCGGUUUUAAUGUGGCGAUGUUAACGACGAAACUGCUCUUUAUGUUACUAAUUACAGCAGAACUUACCGACCAGACUCGUAGAUCCUUUCUCUUAAAUUUUAUCAGAGGAGUGGAUUCAGCUUUAGAUUUGUCUGAUUUUACCGGAAAUGCAGGAAUUCGCGUUUUGAAUGGACCAUGCUAAUUUGAAUUUCCAAAUUUAACUAACCAGGAAGAUGAUGCCCAUUUAGAGAUGCCAUACAAGUUACUUGUGGUACAAGUUUGCAUAUAUUCUCUAUUAAUGACAUAAUCUCAAGUUAUCAGGGAAAGGUAUAAAUCAAGCAAAUUAAGUAGAAAAGAGAAAAGGCUUGCCAUAUGACAACAUUAGAGAAAGCAACAGUAUAACCCUUUCAUGAGAGUAUGUUCCUGUAUGAGAGGAUACUAAGUCAGAUAUGGCAUGCAAAGGUAUUUCAUGAGUCUUAUCGUGGACUGUGUGUAACUAUGCCCCCUCUAUACGUAUGAGAAAUCGAAUAAACGCGAAUAUAAUUCGUGUCUUAUGAGA